GGCCGGCGGAAGCUCAUAUCAAGCUCGUCGGGUAUGCUGCUGGCGGCGUCCCAGAAGAGGAGCCUCUGGCUGAGGAGGAGGACCCGGCGCUGAAGGCGAAGCGGCUCUUCCGCCUUGCGCUGAGCACGAUCCUCGGCGUCUUCCCCGCCCCCGACGAGCAGGAUGAUGGCGACGCGGGGCCAGGGGCCUCUCUCGUGGAGGCACCGGGUGGGGUGGGCGCUGCGUUCGGGAGCAGGACGAAGGCGUCGCGGCACGAGAGAUACAGGGCCUUCGUCGUGAAGGCCUCGGCGUGGCUCUCCUACGCGCUGAAGCGGCUCCGCGCGGGCCGGCACCUGGUGAAGAAGUGGUUCGUGCUGCGGUCCGAGGCCGAGGUGGACGCGCAGAUGGUCGAAGGACGAGGAUGA